AAAUAUCUUCCUAGGAUUCGCAUUGGAUCUGUCCUUCCCUCUUAUCCAAAUCCCGCCGCCGAUCCCAAUGUCGAUUCCUCCCCUCAAAAUCAUCGCCGGCGCCGACUCUUUUGGCUGCUCCCUCAAAGACACACUCCUCUCCCACCUCCGCUCCCUCAACAUCCCCGUCGAAGACCUCGGCGUUUCCUCCUAUUACUCCAUCGCUGCCGAGGUUGGCCGCCGCGUCUCCGCCGCCGCCACCACACCCAACUCUCAAUCCCCCGAAAUCCGCGGCCUCCUCGCCUGCGGCACCGGUGUCGGCGUCUCCAUCUUCGCCAACAAAUUCCCCGCCGUCACCGCCGCCACCUGCCUUACCAAAGACGACGCCCUCAACUCCCGCUCAAUCAACAACUCCAACGUCCUCUCCCUCUCCGGCAUCGCCACUUCCCCUGACUCCGCCGUCGAAAUCCUCAACACCUGGCUCCAAACCCCCUUCAAAGCCCCUUGCCCUGCCUCUCAAUUCAACCCCUGGCCGACCGAAAUUCAGUCCUUUUUGGAGAAUUCCCUCACCGAGAUUCCCAAAAUUGGGGCCGUUGGGGCCGUUACAGACACUUGCUCCAUCUGCUGCCCAGUGAAGAAUAGAGAGCUGAACCCGGUUGAGAUGAUCCCGGGCGCUUCGAUGAAGAUUCUGAGGGAGACGCCGACGUCGGCCGUGGUUCGGUUCGAGGCGGGAAGCGUGGAGCCGGCGCACCACCACACAUUUGGGCAUGAUCUGGUGGUGAUGAAAGGGAAGAAGAGCGUUUGGAAUUUGAGUAAAAAGGAGAGAUUUGAUUUGGGUGUUGGGGAUUAUCUGUUUACUCCAGCUGGAGAUGUUCAUAGGGUUAAAUACUACGAGGAUACAGAGUUUUUCAUCAAGUGGGAUGGACAUUGGGAUAUGUUCUUUGAUGAGGAUCUUGAGGCUGCUAAGAACGCCAUUGAUGAGGAGCUGGAGAAGGUCUCCUCUGUGUGAGUGAUGUUUGUUCGUCUUUGUAAGAUUAAAAUGUGUGCCUUUUUGAGUUUGAAUUUGGUAACUUGUUCUUGUUUAUGGAAGAUGGUUUAGUUUGGCUUGAGAUCAUUUGUAUAUGUUCCAAUGUAAUCUUAAAAUAAAAUAUGUAUUUUGGUAACCUUGUUUUA